AUGCAUUACGUCGGCUACGUCGUGGUAGCACAUGCUAUGCUUGUCAGCGUCCAGGCUGCGCACGUAAACGCUGACGAGCUCGGUGAAUCGGAGUUGAACUGGCCCGGCUGGCUAACGGGCCGGGGCAAGCAAGGUGAAAAGAAAACUGUUUCAGCAGAGCAAUCGUUAAAGUUGGGGGGCAAGCGUGAGGUGAAUAGUACGAUUCCAGCAGGCACCACCUUCACCAACAUGACCGGCAUUAUGCAAGCCCGUACAGGUGGGAAGGCGUCCUGCUAUUCGGGGUACGUAAGCACUUGUGGGAGUGGCGCAACUUACUGGGAAUGUGGCCGCAAGUGUGCGGGUGGGAUGUAUUGGACUGAUGCGGGGUGCGGUUGUUGCUGCCAAAGUCCGACGCCACUACCAGCGACUCCUCAAACGAACGCUUCUGCAGCUGCCCCCGGGCAGUUGUGGAAAGGAAGCAGCGCAGUUAGCGAUCGCCAGGAGUCAGCACAGAUGUCAUGGUCCUGCACCGCGAUCAGUGCGAGCAGCUUCACCAUGCAGUACGAUUCUUACAUCUCGGGCACCAGUAUUGUACUGACCAACAAUGCGGGCAGCCAGCGCGGGCGGGCCUUCUACACGUGGGCAAACUCGGGGGGGUUCAAGAUCAACUUCGAUAUGUGGAUGGGUCUUGGGUCAGGUGCCGACGGCAUGUGCAUGAAGUACGGCGGGUACGAUGCCGGCGAGCAAGGCGAGAGCAUCGCGGCCUCCGGCUUCUCCGUGUGCUUCGACUCCUAUCCAAACGAUGAUGAUCAUGGCGUGGUGAUGGGCUGGAAUGGUGGAACCAUCUUCUCACAGAUCGGCUCGGCCCACUGGGGGCACGAAGUGCCGCUCUUUGAGGAUGCCGCCUGGCACGAUGUCAUCGUGGAGGUCACGCCCAGCGGCAGCGGUGCGAAUGUGAUACUGAAUUUUGACAAUGGCUACUACUACAAAACCGCAUGGAUUAGCAGCUUUGCAACACCCGUUGGUAGCCAACAGCUGGCAUUCACUGCAAGGACUGGUGGUUCAACCAACUGGCACUAUGCCACGAAUAUCCAGGCGUGCAGCAUUGCGACGCCCAGCCCGACGCCCAACCCAACGCCCAACCCGACGCCUAACCCGACGCCGUACCCGACGCCGUACCCGACACCGUUCCCGACGCCGUACCCGACGCCGUACCCGACACCGUACCCGACGGCCAACCCAACGCCCAACCCAACGCCGAACCCGACGCCGUACCCGACGCCGUACCCGACGCCGUACCCGACGCCGUACCCGACACCGUACCCGACGGCCUUCCCAACGGCGUACCCGACGGCUUUCCCGACGCCCUACCCGACAGCAUUCCCGACGCCCUACCCGACGACAUUCCCGACGCCCUACCCGACGGCCUUCCCGACGCCGUACCCGACGGCCUUCCCGACACCCUUUCCGACGCCAAGCCCGACACCCAGCCCGACAUAUCCUUUGGGUUGGCCGACGCCGCAUCCCACGUUUCCGCCUGCAGCUCCCGCCGCGGGCGGAGCCGGGGGCGGAGCCGCGGCUGCCACUGGUGAUCCACAUUUGCAGAACAUCCAUGGUGAGCGGUUCGAUCUGAUGAAGCCCGGUAAGCACAUUCUGAUACAGAUUCCACGCGGAGAUGUUGAGAAUGUAUUGCUUCGUGUAGAGGCUGAUGUACGUCGAUUGGGUGGACACUGCGCAGACAUGUAUCCAAACUGA